AUGUCCUCGAGACCUUGGGCUUCCUUUGUAGAGACCAUUAUGGUGUUGCGCGCGGAAUUGCUGCGCUUCGGCGAGUCGUUGAUUAGUAACCUCCCGGGUUGCAAAUCGAUCGGCAUUCCCGUCUCCGGACCCGCGCCUCAUAGCAACGACGGAUGA